AUGAAGCUUGCUGGCCCGUUCACGAUUUUCUCUGCCGUCUUCGUUGCGGCAGCCCCGACGCCACAGGGUGAUGAGCCUGCCGCAGUAUUCGGCAUCUCAUUCACCUUCGAAAACGGCACCUUCACCGAUGUUUUCGACGUACCUGAGACGCUCUCAGGGUACCCCCUCGCCAGCAACGGCAUCGUGACCAACGUCUUCAUCUACCCACCGCCAGGCCAGCCCGCCCGCUGCGCAUUCCUAGAGCCCGAACCCAGCAGACAGGGUCUCGGGGCCUGGGUAAUUGCCCGCGCGACGACCAUUGCCCUCGAUCCUCCGGGAGAGGUUGGCUUCGUGCAGUGCAACAGGGCCUAG